CCUGGAUAAGGUUCGCCAGUAAGCAGACCCUCUGCAGCUGUCCCGUGUGACUGGAGACCCAAGCGCAGCCCUCGCGACAUCCGAUUAUUUCUGUCCCUCCUCGCUUGCAGUUUUCCUGUAAGCACCGGGACGUACCACAUACACCAAAACAUAGGGGUGGGCACUAGGUGUUGCAGUGGAACGCUAGAGCACGUGCGCGGCACAUCAGCUAAGUAAGUCACAGCGCCAGCUUAGCACUCGGUGAAAAGAGCAGUAAGAUGGGCAAUAAGGCACCCGUUCGCCGGACUGGAAGUUAUACUCCGCGCUGCAUUGAGACUCCCCCCCCCCGUGAAUGAAGGUUUGAUCCGGUGUUGGCGAGAGACUGAGAACAGCCGGCGCUUCCACCUUUUGACAGCUCCGCAAGGUGCUGCUUGCGACUAGACUGGAGGGAGCGAGUGCUGUCUGAUUGGUGGCGUACAUAGGAACAGGUGCUGCAGAGCUGAUCCCCUGGGAGGAGCCGAGAAAGAGAGGGUCACACCUGGCAAGUGCCAUGCACUGAUCCCCCUCCUUCCAGCCCGCACCGCCCCCUCCCCGGCCAUUCCCGGCACAUAAAUGAUAGAGGAUACCAUGACUUUGCUGUCUCUCCUGGGUAGGAUCAUGCGCUACUUCUUACUCCGCCCGGAGACCCUGUUCUUGCUGUGCAUCAGCCUGGCCCUGUGGAGUUACUUCUUCCACACGGACGAGGUGAAGACCAUCGUGAAGUCCAGCAGGGACGCCGUGCAGAUGGUAAAGGGCAAGGUGGCCGAGAUGAUGCAGAACGAGCGCCUCGGAGGGAUCGAUGUGAUGGAAGCGGAGUUGUCCAAGACUUGGGAGUACAAGAGCAACAAUGUGGCCGUCUAUUCCAUCCAGGGCAGGAGGGACCACAUGGAGGACCGCUUCGACAUCAUCACUGACCUGCUCAACAAGAGCCACCCUUCUAUCUUCGGCAUCUUUGAUGGACAUGGAGGAGAGUCAGCAGCUGAGUAUGUGAAAACCCAUUUGCCAGAAGUGCUAAAACAACAUCUUCAAGACUUUGAGAGGGAUAAAGAGAACAGCGUGCUCUCCUAUCAAACCAUCCUGGAACAACAAAUUCUAGCAAUAGACAGAGAGAUGCUGGAAAAGCUCACAGUGUCCUAUGAUGAAGCAGGUACCACGUGCUUAAUUGCUCUGUUAUCAGACAAAGAACUGACAGUCGCUAAUGUUGGGGAUUCGCGAGGUGUGUUGUGUGACAAAGAUGGAAAUGCUAUUCCCUUAUCCCAUGAUCAUAAGCCGUACCAGCUAAAGGAAAGGAAGAGGAUUAAAAGAGCUGGUGGGUUCAUCAGUUUCAAUGGCUCUUGGAGGGUACAAGGGAUUCUUGCCAUGUCCCGCUCACUGGGAGAUUAUCCUCUGAAAAAUCUAAAUGUCAUUAUCUCUGACCCUGAUAUCCUAUCUUUUGACCUGGACAAACUGCAGCCAGAGUUUAUGAUCUUGGCCUCUGACGGUCUGUGGGAUGCUUUCAGCAAUGAAGAAGCCGUGCGGUUUAUCAAAGAGCGAUUGGAUGAGCCGCAUUUUGGAGCCAAGAGCAUUGUGUUACAGUCAUUUUACAGAGGAUGCCCUGAUAAUAUAACUGUUAUGGUAGUAAAGUUCAAGAAUAGUAGCAAAACCGAUGAACAAUGAAAGCCACAAUAUGUGUGCAAAAGGACUGAAGCAGCCUAUUUUAUUUUAACUUAGUAGAAAGAGGUGGAAACCUUAUUAAGAUGUACAGCAGCCCCAUUCCCAUGUUUUAGGAUUAGACAUGGACUCACGCAGCUAAUGUACCCAUCAACUGUCCAACCAUGAAACACAGGAAGCACAUUCUGUAUGACCCAACAUUAUUACUCCAUUAACAAGUAAUUAUCUGUAUUAAAGGGUAUUACUCCUGCUGAGGUGUUAAUCUUAUUCUUAUGCUGGGGGUAACAAGACAACACUUGUGUCAUCAGAUAGAGAAGUUAUAUUUAUUCUAUGUUUUUAGAAAAUGUGUUUGUUCAAUGGGAUUAUAUGUUUCUAAUAUUGAGAGAAUCAGACAGGUGUCCCUUUAAUAAACGGCAACAACCGAAGUUCAAACACUCUUAAAUAAAUACAAAAAAAACCCAA